AGUCUUUUCUGAACCAUACACAUGGUAGGAACGGAGCUUCGCUAAGGCAUUGGCAUAUGUAACGUUCUGUGGAAGUUCACUGAAAUGGCGAACGUAGGAAUUGUCAUCCUUGUGGGCAUGUUGGUGACCUGUGUCCAUGGCAACCAAUCAGCACUGUUGGGCAAUCUGUUUGCCAAUUAUAUCAGCGACGUACGGCCAAUCUGUGGAGCGAACGUUCCAAUAGAGGUGAAAGUCGGCCUGGCUAUCCGACAGGUCAUCGAACUGGAUGAACCCAACCAAAUAGUGACUGUCAACGCCUGGAUUCGAUUGAAGUGGUUCGACUGUCAGAUGACAUGGAACGCCACUGAAUAUGGGGGCAUCUCACAGCUUAUCCUCCCCUAUGAGAAAUUAUGGACACCGGAUAUUACCCUAUUUGACAAUGCUGGUGAAAAACUUGUUGGCCUCAAGGACAACCGCAAUGUCGUCUCUUCAGACGGUUCUGUCAUCUACAACUUCCCCACCAUCAUACAAAGCCUCUGCAAAGUCGACGUCACCUACUUCCCCUUCGACACUCAAACGUGUGCUCUCAAGUUCAGCUCUUGGGCCUACCAUGGACUCCAGCUCAAUGUUACCAACAAGGCCAGCGCCGGGGACAUGUCCAGUUUCAAAGUCAACAGCGAGUGGCACCUGGUGAGUGUUCCCGUUGAACGACAUGUAGAGUACUACGGUUGCUGCCCAGAACCUUAUCCUGAUGUAACCUUCUACGUCAUUCUGAAGCGCAAGAGUAUCUACUACGUAGUGAACCUUCUGUUUCCCUGUAUACUGAUCUCCGCUGUGGGUAUUCUUGGCUUCCUGCUGCCUCCAGACGCCGGGGAGAAGGUGUCGCUGGAGAUCACCGUGUUGCUGUCUCUAUCAGUGUUCAUGCUAGUUGUGUCUGACACCUUACCGCCAACGUCGGAAACCUUUCCGUUUAUAGGAAUCUACUUCUGUCUCUCCCUGAUGCUGGUGACCAUCUCUACGAUCCUCACUGUGUUCGUUCUGAACGUACACUUCAAAGGUCAACAUGGCAUCGCUGUGCCUCGAUGGGUGAGGAGUCUGGUUCUUGGGAUGCUUGCGCAGCUCCUUUGUGUCAGGAAAGAAACGCCAGUCCACCCAAUCAAGACACCGAUCCGCGAUGACAGUGACCUUCACGUCCAAGACUAUAUGGGUGAUUUCAAAAAGGGAAAACAUCAUGACACCGAAAUGAACGACCUGCUUCCUUUGAACAAAGUAAUGAAAGAACAGCUGGCGGUUCUUAAAGAGAUCAACCGUCGACACGCAGAGAAGGAUGAAGCCGCAGCCCUUGAGGACGAGUGGAAGAAAGUGGCAGUCGUGAUGGACAGAUUAUGCCUUGUCUUGUUCUUCACUUUGUCUGUGCUUUGUACUUUAGGUAUUUUGCUGCAGUGCAUUGUUGCAAGUGGAUAAGUUUAUGACAAACUCGCUGACAGUAUGUAAGUGAGUUGGAUUGAACGCCGCUUUGAACAGUUUUCCAGUUAUAUCACGGCGUGAAAGCUUAAAGGGACACAGAUCUCAAUUUCCUCAAUUCUCUGGUACGUGAUGUUGCCUUUGUUAUUUUUUUACGUGGAUAAUAUUCCAGAAAUUUCGACUAAAUCGCAAAAUGUGCCGCGCCAGUCGCAAGUGCAUUUGUUGUUUUUUUCAAUGUAUAUCGCCACAUUUAUCAACAAAGUGAAAUGCAGUUUUUUCUUGGAAUUAGGAAUGGCAGGCAUCUUUGGGGGUCGCAUCGGUAAUGGUUACGAAGUUUUGAUAAUUCACUUUCUUGGUAUUCUGCGAUUGUCGCUUACACUAUUUUUACUUGUAACACUAACAAAUGAUUUCACAUGAGCAUUGCUCAUUAUAUUGUGUGUAUAUGUUCCAGUCAAACAACUUAAAAAAUGAAAAUUAUUUUAAAUCGAGAGACACUGAGAGACCAAAACCAAAUUUAAUGUACAUUUGGAGAUGCCAUGUGUCUUUGUAACAAUCUAAUAAUUUAAAAUAUAUGUUUAUA